AUGAGAACAGACGCAACCCGAUGGAAAAAAGACUCGAGAAAGCUCGAGCCACCUGAAGGUACAGGCAAUCAAGGGCGCACAUCGACGAAUCCUAAUCCGUAUUCAGUGAAUCCCGAUCCAAAAACCCCCGAGCAAGAUACCGGGGCAAAUCUUCAUGGGUUACCGACGAGUCGCAGGGGGUUUCAAGCAGAAAUGGGUAGGGCUUCCGCGUAUCUAAAUUCAGGAAAGAUUCACUUGUUACAGCCAACCCCUGAAAGGGCAACAAUUGACCAUUAUCAAGCAACGGGUGCUCGGCUUGAAGGCUGGAUGGCCAACACCAACCCAGCUGGGCCUGCCUGUCGAGUCGCCCCGUCCACGCUAACCAUUGACGCUCUGGUCAGAGCGAAUGCCCCCAAUGAGCCCGCGUUCAUAGUAAUGGAGUCCAAAAUUCGUUGUCCCACCGCCUGA